UCCAAGAGCGAGCACCAUGGGAGAGCUCCAUUAGUUGUCAAUCUCUCCCUGCUUAUUACCAGCGGACUCGAUGAAUUUCAAAGCUUCGUUUGAGAGGUGACAGUCAGCCCUCCAAAGCGUUGGAGCAGCGAUACCGAGCGGCUGAAGUCUCCUGUUUAACCCCCCCGCUCCCCCCCUCCCCAAAAAAAAGAGGCAAACUAUGACAGCAGCACCAGAGUCACUCCCCCUGGUGACUUGCCAGCUCAUUGGUCAGACCAUACUGCCCCCGACUCGCGUCCCCGUCCACACUGGCAGAUCCAUGCUGCUGGAUGCCACUCACAGAGCCACACCUGCACCAUGAGCGCCAACGGGCCCACCCCAGACCCAGCCCCGACAGCCCCAGAAGCUCCUCCAACCUCGACGCCCACCCCAGCCUCUGCUCCGACCCCGAGCCCCGCUUCGGCUCCGGCGCCCGCGGCACCGGCCGCUCCGCCUGCCCCGCCCGCCCCGCCUGCCCCGUCAACCUCGACCAUCCCGGUGGGUGCGUUGGCACAGAAGAAGCGGCAGCAGUAUGCCAAAAGCAAGAAACAGGGCAGCAACGCCAACAGCAGGCCUCCGAGGGCUCUGUUCUGCCUCAACCUCAACAAUCCCAUACGCAGGGCCUGCAUCAGCCUGGUGGAGUGGAAGCCAUUUGAUAUCUUUAUAUUAAUUGCUAUAUUUGCCAACUGUAUGGCCUUAGCUGUCUAUGUCCCUUUUCCUGAAGAUGAUUCCAACUCCACAAACCACGACCUGGAGACAGUUGAGUAUGCCUUCCUCAUCAUUUUCACAAUUGAGACGUUUCUGAAGAUUAUCGCUUACGGUUUGGUGAUGCAUCAAAAUGCCUACGUGAGAAACGGUUGGAACAUGCUGGAUUUUGUCAUUGUCGUCAUUGGACUCUUCAGUGUUGUCUUGGAGAUUCUGACCAAAGAUGAGAAAGUAGACAAUGAGGGAGAGGAAAACCACCCGUCCAUGCACGGGCAUGGCGGUAAAGCUGGUGGAUUUGACGUGAAAGCCCUUCGAGCCUUCCGUGUGCUGCGUCCCCUGCGGCUGGUCUCAGGAGUACCCAGUUUACAAGUGGUGUUGAACUCCAUCAUUAAAGCCAUGGUCCCUCUCCUUCAUAUUGCCCUCCUGGUCUUGUUUGUCAUCAUCAUCUAUGCUAUUAUUGGCCUGGAGCUUUUCAUCGGUAAAAUGCACGCAACCUGCUACCUUCCUGGCGCAGACAUCAUAGCAGAGGAGGACGCUGCUCCAUGUGCGAUCUCAGGGCACGGGCGGCAAUGCCCCAUCAAUGGCACAGAGUGCAGGGAAGGCUGGCAAGGCCCCAACGGUGGCAUCACCAAUUUCGACAACUUCCUGUUCGCCAUGCUGACGGUGUUUCAGUGCAUCACCAUGGAGGGCUGGACAGACGUGCUCUACUGGAUGAACGAUGCUAUGGGCUUUGAGCUUCCAUGGGUAUACUUUGUCAGUCUUGUGAUCUUCGGCUCCUUUUUCGUUCUUAACCUGGUUUUGGGUGUGUUGAGCGGAGAGUUCUCCAAAGAGAGAGAAAAGGCCAAAGCUCGCGGUGACUUCCAGAAGCUGCGUGAGAAGCAGCAGCUGGAGGAGGACCUGAAGGGUUACCUGGACUGGAUCACUCAGGCUGAAGAUAUCGACCCUGACAAUGAAGAUGAGGCAGACGAGGAGUGUAAACGCAACCGGGUGACUCUGGCUGACCUUACUGAGAAGAAGAAAGGAAGGUUUGGGUGGUUCAGCCAGUCGUCCGACACUCAUGCGAGCGUUCCAGCCAGUGAAACGGAAUCUGUGAAUACAGAGAACCAAAACGGAGAGGACGAAAAGACGCCAUGCUGCGGACCUCUGUGUCAAAAAAUUUCAAAGUCAAAGUUCAGUCGGCGCUGGCGCCGCUGGAACAGGUUCUGCCGCAGAAAGUGCAGGUUGGCUGUUAAAUCGGUGCCUUUCUAUUGGCUGGUCAUCAUCCUGGUUUUCCUCAACACCCUCACCAUAUCAUCAGAGCACUACAACCAACCUUUGUGGCUGACACAAGUGCAGGAUGUGGCCAACAAGGUGCUGUUAGCCCUGUUCACUUGUGAGAUGUUGGUGAAGAUGUAUAGUCUCGGCCUGCAGGCCUACUUUGUGUCACUCUUCAACCGCUUUGACUGCUUUGUGGUGUGUGGAGGAAUCACCGAAACCAUCCUGGUGGAGCUGGAGAUAAUGUCGCCCCUCGGGAUCUCCGUGUUCCGAUGCGUGCGCCUGCUGAGGAUUUUCAAGGUCACGCGUCACUGGCAGUCACUCAGCAACUUGGUGGCUUCCCUCCUCAACUCCAUGAAGUCCAUCGCUUCCCUGCUGCUGUUGCUCUUCCUCUUCAUCAUCAUCUUCUCCCUGCUGGGCAUGCAGGUUUUUGGCGGCAAGUUCAAUUUUGAUGAGACGCAAACCAAGAGGAGCACCUUUGACAACUUUCCACAAGCGCUACUCACGGUCUUUCAGAUCUUGACAGGAGAAGACUGGAACGCUGUCAUGUACGAUGGCAUCAUGGCGUACGGAGGCCCUUCUUCUUCAGGGAUGAUUUUAUGCUUUUACUUCAUCAUCCUCUUCAUCUGCGGAAACUACAUCCUCCUAAAUGUCUUCUUGGCCAUUGCUGUGGACAACUUGGCAGAUGCAGAGUCUCUCAACACAGAUGAAGGAGAUAAGAAAGGGGCUAAAAAGGAUGAGAAAGACGAGAAGGAUGAAGAAGAAGACAAUGACGACGCCGCGGCAGAGGAGGACGACCCAGAAGUCCCGGCAGGACCUCGGCCGGCCAUCUCCGACUUGGUCAAGAAGGAGAAGAUCACUCCGAUCCCAGAGGGAAGUGCCUUUUUUAUCUUCAGCAACACCAAUCCGGUUCGCGUGUUUUGCCACAAGCUCAUCAAUCACCACAUCUUCACCAACCUCAUCCUGGUGUUCAUCAUGCUCAGCUCCGUCUCGCUCGCCGCAGAGGAUCCCAUCCGAAACUUCUCCGCUCGCAAUAUUAUACUUGGUUACUUUGACUAUGCUUUCACGGCUAUCUUUACUGUUGAGAUCAUUUUGAAGGUCCUAGGCUAUGCAGAUUAUGUCUUCACUAGUAUGUUUACAUUUGAGAUCAUAUUGAAGAUGACGACAUACGGAGCUUUUCUCCAUAAAGGAGCUUUCUGCAGGAAUUACUUCAACCUUCUCGACUUGUUAGUGGUCGGAGUGUCUUUAGUCUCCUUUGGCAUACAGUCGUCUGCCAUCUCAGUGGUGAAGAUUCUCAGGGUCCUUCGUGUCCUGAGACCCUUGAGAGCUAUCAAUCGAGCCAAAGGCCUGAAGCACGUGGUGCAGUGUGUGUUUGUGGCCAUCAGAACUAUCGGCAACAUCAUGAUUGUCACCACUCUUCUGCAGUUCAUGUUCGCCUGCAUUGGUGUGCAGCUCUUCAAGGGAAAGUUGUAUCGCUGCACAGAUGAAGCCAAAUCUAGCCCAGAGGAGUGCAAAGGCACCUACAUCCUGUAUAAGGACGGCGAUGUGAAUCAGCCCACCAUCCACAAACGAAUGUGGCACAACAGCGACUUCAACUUCGACAACGUGCUAAUGGCCAUGAUGGCUCUAUUCACUGUCUCCACCUUUGAAGGCUGGCCUGCGUUACUAUACAAGGCAAUCGACUCCAACAGGGAGAACCUCGGGCCCAUUUACAACUACCGUGUGGAGAUUUCCAUCUUCUUUAUCAUCUACAUCAUCAUCAUCGCCUUCUUCAUGAUGAACAUCUUUGUAGGUUUUGUGAUUGUCACGUUUCAGGAGCAAGGAGAGAAGGAGUACAAAAACUGUGAACUCGACAAGAACCAGCGUCAGUGUGUGGAAUACGCCUUGAAGGCCCGUCCUCUUAGGAGGUACAUCCCCAAGAACCCAUACCAGUACAAGUUCUGGUAUGUGGUCAACUCCACGGGCUUUGAGUACAUCAUGUUUGUGCUCAUCAUGCUAAACACACUCUGCUUGGCUGUACAGCACUACGGCCAGUCGGCACUCUUUAACUACGUCAUGGAUAUCCUCAACAUGGUCUUCACGACUGUUUUCACUGUGGAAAUGGUUCUCAAGCUCAUUGCUUUUAAACCCAGGCACUAUUUCGCUGAUGCUUGGAACACAUUUGAUGCCUUAAUUGUCGUCGGUAGCGUCGUUGAUAUUGCUAUCACUGAAGUGAAUAACACGGAGGACAGCGCCCGCAUCUCCAUCACCUUCUUCCGUCUCUUCCGGGUCAUGCGGCUCGUCAAGCUGCUCAGCAGAGGGGAGGGCAUCCGAACUCUUCUUUGGACCUUCAUCAAAUCUUUCCAGGCCCUUCCAUACGUCGCUCUUCUGAUAGCUAUGCUGUUCUUCAUCUAUGCUGUCAUUGGGAUGCAGGUUUUUGGGAAAAUUGCAAUGGAGGAUGGCACACACAUCAACAGAAACAACAACUUCCAGACCUUCCCUCAGGCCGUGCUUCUCCUCUUUAGAUGUGCCACUGGAGAGGCGUGGCAAGAGAUCAUGUUGGCCUGCAUGCCAGGGAAGCUUUGUGACCCAGAGUCAGACUACAACCCCGGGGAGGAGAUGACAUGUGGCAGUGGAUUUGCAAUAAUUUACUUCAUCACCUUCUACAUGCUCUGCGCCUUUUUGAUUAUCAAUUUGUUUGUGGCCGUCAUCAUGGACAACUUUGACUAUUUGACACGGGAUUGGUCCAUUCUUGGCCCACACCACCUAGAUGAAUUCAAGAGAAUUUGGUCGGAGUACGACCCAGAGGCCAAGGGAAGAAUUAAACAUCUAGACGUUGUAACACUUCUUCGACGAAUCCAGCCUCCUCUUGGCUUUGGUAAACUGUGUCCUCAUCGAGUGGCUUGCAAGAGGCUGGUGGCCAUGAAUAUGCCUCUGAACAGUGAUGGCACGGUCAUGUUUAACGCUACUCUUUUUGCACUUGUGCGAACAGCCCUCAAGAUAAAAACGGAAGGUAAUCUUGAGCAGGCCAAUGAGGAGCUUCGAGCUGUCAUCAAGAAAAUUUGGAAGAGAACCAGUAUGAAGUUGCUGGAUCAAGUUGUGCCUCCUGCUGGUGAUGAUGAGGUAACCGUGGGGAAGUUCUAUGCCACCUUCCUGAUACAGGACUACUUUAGGAAAUUCAAGAAACGUAAAGAGGAAGGCCUGGUGGGUGCACACCCCUCCCAGAACAGCACAGCCAUCGCACUGCAGGCUGGCCUACGCACGCUCCAUGAUAUUGGGCCCGAAAUUCGCCGAGCGAUAUCAUGUGACCUCCAAGAUGAUGAACUAGUAGACUUUAUACCAGAGGAAGACGAGGAAAUAUAUAGGCGUAAUGGCGGACUCUUUGGCAACCAUCUGAUGAAUGGAGGUCAUCGCCGAUCCAACGGCCACCAGACCAACGCGACGCAGCGGCCUCUGCAGGUGCAGCCGCCCCCUCACUACGCUCACAUGGAGCAACCGGUGGGACGGCUUUCUCGAGCCAACGCCAUGUCCUACGCCAACCACCGUCACCAUCACCACCAUCACCACCACCACCGCCACCACAACAACUCCUACGGCAAGUCUCCCAAAUCCACCAACAUCAACCUCAACAACGCCAACAAGUCCAGUCUGCCCAACGGGGGGCACCAUCGCUACUAUGACCACGCCCCUACUAAUGGCUACCCGGGUCACCGCGGCUCCUACUAUGACUAUGAAAAGCCUCGUGCCCCACAAGCUCAAAGAAGGCGCUACUAUGAGACCUAUGUUAGGUCCAACGGUGGAGAUAGACGCCACCCCACCAUCCGCAGAGAGGAAGAGUUGGAUGAAGAUCGUUUGUCUGGGGAGUAUUUCAGCGGAGAGGAGUUUUAUGAAGAUGACAGUAUGCUCUCAGGCGACAGGUACCAGAACAGUGAUACAGAGUAUGAGACUCCCAAAGGUUACCAUCAUCCUGACAGUUACUAUGACGACGAUGAGCAGCCCCUCUACCGCGACUCACGGAGGUCACCAAAAAGACGUCUGCUCCCUGCCACACCUGAAGGUUUGCCUGGUCACAGGAGGCCGUCUUUCAACUUUGAGUGUCUGCGCAGGCAGGGUAGCCAAGAUGAGCUUCCACAACAGCGUACUGCACUACCACUGCACCUUAUGCAGCACCAGGUCAUGGCCGUAGCAGGCCUGGACUCCAGCAGAGCCCACCGUCUCUCCCCGACACGCUCCACCCGCUCCUGGGCCACCCCUCCUGCCACCCCAGCCAGUAAAGACCAGUCACCCUACUACACCCCCCUCAUCCGUGUAGACCACCCACACAGGGAUAGCACCGCCAGCAGCCACGUAUCGGUGCGCAAGAGCUCCUGGUACUCUGACGACCCCGAGUUCACGCAGAGGACGUACUCGCCCAUUCACCUGCAGGUGCCGCCCGAGUACCACAGCCAGUACCACCAGAAGCGAGGAAGCGCCACCAGCCUCGUUGAAGCGGUUUUGAUAUCAGAGGGACUCGGGAGGUACGCCAAGGAUCCCAAGUUUGUUGCCGCCACCAAGCACGAGAUAGCGGACGCCUGCGAGAUGACGAUAGAUGAGAUGGAGAGCGCGGCCAGCCACCUGCUGAACGGCGGCAUGGCGCCGGUUAUCAACGGGGUUAACGUCUUCCCUCUUCUGACCGCGGGGGGCUUUGAACUGCAGGACCCAGCGGCCAGCUACAGCGACGAGGAGCCCGAGACGGAACUGAGGGUUCCCUAUGAAGAAGACCUGGCCGACGAGAUGAUUUGCAUCACGACUUUAUAGCAGAAAAGGACCCUUGACAGACUACAAUCGGUGAAAACACAAGACAAAUUGUAUUCAUAGGCUCUGACCAAAAGAAGUGCCUUUACACUGAAGAGAAAGGCAUAGAGAAGAGAGACGCAAACAAGUCCCGUGCUUUUUCAAAGGAAACUUCUCUCCCUGCCAGCAUAGGACGUCACAGCACGGAACCCUGCGGAGCACCGAGGGGCCAACUCGACCUUCCUGUCAAAGGGCUUGACCUGUGGGUCCGGACAGAGACCAUCCAGGAUAAGUGGCGAGGACGUGCCAUGCUCUUUAGGGCUGGUGUGUCAGGGUGAUGACAAUCAGAUGUACGAUGUCAUUACCUCAGUCACUUUACUAAGGUUUGGCAUAUCAUGCAAGUUUUCAAUGCAAGCAUAGAAAGACAUAUCUCCCCCCCCAGUCUUCUCCUUUAGUCUGAUUUGAUCCCGUUUUCCCGUGAUACAUAUUACAGUAGUGUCGUAAAGCAAAGAGUUGCAACAACCAAAAUUAUGCAGGAACGAACGCAUUACUUUUGAAGCGACUAAAAAGCAUUUGUGAGAAAUGCACUAGUAGGCAGGUUAUUUACAAUUGUAGAAUAACCUGAUUCAUAUUUCCGAGUUGAGAACCUGUAAAUUGUAUUAUAUAAUAGGAGACACUUUGCAAAGAGAUGUUCUAUAUUUUGUAAUUAUGUAUGAUUUCAAAGAUCAGCAAUAUGGACCAUUCUGAUGUGCUAUGAAUUCAGACACCCAUCAAGACACCCAUUUAUUAGGUUUUAUUAGCUACCAUUUGCUGAAUUUGAUUUGCCUUUUACGUUGUAUGCUAAUACAUAGCCUUCAUUUUACUUGUACUUAUUUAUUUAAGUUCAUUUUGCCUUUGGCUGCGGUUUUAAGAGGUUUUGCUUGUGCGACCAACGCUACCUGCACAAAUCGAGCAAACGGAUGUGAUUUUGUUAGCACAAAUGCGGUACUCAUUGAAUGCUAUAAAGUGCAACCCCAUAUUAAAUGGCGAACCCCGUGGGCCCCCCUGCUGGCAUACCAUACAGAUGCAAUGAAUGCAUUUUUUUGCAUCUUCAUUUGCAAUGAAAUCAAUGCUGCUUUAUUCUUUGUUCUUCAACCCUUAUUACGGUCGCUCCCGAUUAAAAUGCCUUUGUUGCUGCUGAAAGAAGUACGAAAAGAUAGAUGGUAUACCAAGAUGAUGGCAGUAUAAAUGAUUAUCUAUCAAAGCUGGUGCUGGGGUUUUGUUUAUGAUCGAUAGGUCCUUGAAGGCUUUCUAUGAAAUCGCGUCUUGAGUGUGUGAGGGCUGCAUCCACCUGGUGGCAGGAGUGGGUGAAGUGGAUGGGAAGUGUCCCGUUGCAAGGCUAAGGAAUACUAAAAGCCCCCCUCCCCCUCUUCCUGAACCCCUCUUUCUCGCUCUGCCUGCCUGGCAUUGCGUAUACCUCGUUUGGCAAAGGUGACAACAUAUCAUCGUCUCAAUGUAUCUAUGUGUCACAGUGUCCCACUGAGGAGUUAAAAACAGGGUUAACCAUGGAUCUGCUUGUUUCUAAUGAUGUGACAAGAGGCUGAAGGAUGGCCAAUGAACACAAGCAAACUUUGGUACUGACAGGAUGCCGUGUUAAGUAAAGUAGGCUUUACCACGAAGAGUUUAGAAGCGUCAAGAAUAUUUAGGAUUCGCGUUAUCCGUUGUACGUUUGGUCCGUCGGCGUGUGCGUCCUGUAUGCUAAUUUAACCGUCAUGACGAUGUAGAUUUUCCAUUUUGUGUGCACAUUGAAAGGGCUCUUUGAAAAGAUAAAUGUGUUCUAGUCCUUUUGCGGAUGUCAAAAGGAAUGCACAUAACAGGCACAUUGUACUAUUCGUAGCAAUUGAUGAACUGAAGAUAUGCAUUAUUUUGUAAACACUUUUAAGCGUUGAGUUAAUCGAAAGAUGAAAAGAACUUACUUUUACCUCAAGUCAGGGAUUCCUGAAAAAAAAAAAAAAGAGUAAAUAGUAACUUGGUUGAGUCUUAAAUAUUAGCACAUAGCUGUUUGUCUUUGCACAAGUAAGUGUAUUGUGCUUCUGUUUCUCCUUUUUCUAAACUGAUUUGUGUAUUAAGGUGAGACAAUUUUGUACUUUUUUGUGAUUGUGUGUAUGGUUUAGUGGAAUCUAUAUUUGUCAUUCACACCUCAUCUUACAAUGCUGGGAAUGAAAGAGAAUCAAAAUAUUUUAAAGGUGCGUUGUUGCUCUGCUGGGAAAACAAGAAAAUGGAUAAAAUACCAGUUUACAGAGAAACGUGCCGUUUCUGUCACUUUUCUUCAUAUGGUUAUAAAUAUAAUUACUUUUAUUAAUGUUCUGAAAGCUGUAUACAAAUAGAAGAUGAUGUAAAAUGUGUAUAAAAUACUGGAAAGACCCAUGGUAAUGUUCUCUACUUGAAAGUCUUGAUAUUUGCUCUUUAAUGUUUCUUUUUGGUUAACAACAAUCUCUUCGUAGCAAAUGCGAUUAAUAUAUAACAUUGGGUUUUGUAACAAUACAUUUUUUUGGUAUUUUUCAUUUGAUUUGGGUCAUGUAUUUAUUUAAAUCAAUUAAGUUAUUUAUUUUCUA